AUGGCCAAAGAAGUACGGAAAACUCAUGAUCUCCACUUCUGCUCGAGAACUCGCCUUGUUUUUGCCAGCAUAUCGCCUUACGAGUUCUUGAAUAUAAGCUUCUCACCCUAUGGUGAAUAUUAUAGAGAAACGAGAAAUAUAUGCACCUUCGAACUUUUCAGUGCCAAGAAGGUGCAAUCAUUUCAAUUGAUAAGGGAAGAAGAGAUUUCACUAAUGAUCAAUACUAUCUCUCAUUCUUCAGCAACUCCUAUAAAUCUUAGCAAGCUGAUGAUGACACUGGCAAAUAAUAUAAUUUGCAGAGCUGCGAUGGGUAAGAAGUAUCAAGAAGGUGGAUAUGAGAAGGAUAUAUUUCACAGGUUUCUCAUCAAAGUGCAGGCAUUAGCAGGCAGUUUUUAUAUUGCAGACUUCUUCCCGUCAAUAGGUUGGAUGGACAAGCUAACUGGACUUGCAGGUAGGCUCGAGAAGAACUUCAGUAUGUUUGAUGCUUUUUACGAGCAGCUCAUCAGGGAGCACGUUGACCCCGAGAGGACGAGACCCGAACAUAAAGAUAUAGUUGAUGUAUUGCUUUGGUUUCAAAAGGAUGGACACGUAACAAAAGAUCACAUCAAAGCAGUGCUAAAGGUACAUUAA